AUGUGUCCUCCAGCCAUUAUAGCACCCUCGAUCCUCAGCGCCGAUUUCGCGACUCUUGGUAGUGAAUGUUCGACCAAGAUAGCGCAAGGUGCGGAUUGGCUGCACGUUGACAUCAUGGACGGCCAUUUCGUCCCCAACAUUACUUUUGGAGCUCCUGUUGUCACCAAGAUUCGAUCCCAUGUUGCCCGUCCGGACCAGGCCCUUGGAAAAGGCACAUUUGACUGCCACAUGAUGAUUAUGGAGCCUCACAAAUGGGUCAAGGAUUUCAAAGAUGCGGGGUGCGAUCUCUACUGCUUUCACUACGAAGCGGCCGUGGCAUCCGUCGCAGCUACCAGUCCCGCGGACACAACAACAACCCGCAAAACUAGCCCGAAAGAAUUGAUCCGAUAUAUCCACGAACAGGGAAUGCAAGCCGGCAUUGCAAUUAAACCAGAUACCCCUGUUGAUGUGCUAUGGGAGAUUUUGGAGAAUGAGAAUCCAGAAGAAUGUCCAGAUAUGGUCCUCGUUAUGACGGUGCAUCCCGGCUUCGGGGGUCAAAAGUUUAUGGCUUCGGAGCUUCCCAAGGUGACUGCCCUCCGUGAGCGAUACCCAGACCUCAACAUUGAGGUUGACGGAGGACUUGGAGUGGGGACAAUAGAUCAAGCUGCUGAAGCAGGUGCCAAUGUGAUUGUCGCUGGUUCGGCAGUCUUCGGCGCUCAAGAUCCCGCCGACGUCAUCGCGAAACUGCGCGAGGCCGUAGACAAGCGGAGAAAGCAGUGA